AUCACGUGGGUAAUCCACAUCCGGCGGCCCCUGCUGGCGAAACAAUGGCUGCCGCCUGUGUACUGUGCCGCGCCUGAUGACGACAGGACGCUCAGGCGUCGCGCUCUCGCUGGCAUCGCUGGCGCCGCGCCGGCCCCACUGGACGGCUCCUACCGAGACGACCUCAUUGCGAGUUUAAUCCGAGCGCCCGCUUCAGUCGCCGACAGACGCGAUUUCACUCGGGGACGCGCGAACGCGCGGAAACGCGCCACGGCGUCUCUGCUUCUGCAGCCGCUGCUGCUGUUGUGUUGUGGUUGUUGUGUCGCCAUUCAGAGCGCGUGCUCGGUUCAGACUCUGUGUUGUUGGUGCCCCCCUGCGUGCUGUGAUCACUGUGAUGUCGUGUCGCGGGUGAACGUGAUCGGUGAGCAGUACGGCCGCGUUGGGGAGAAAGGGAGCGUCGGCAACUUCCUGGCUCGCCGAGGGAGCGACAAAACGGAUGCGACGACGAGUUCGCCCCGGCCCUCGGUUCAUUUCCUGCUGGGUCGCCGCCACCGCCCCGACAUCGUCGCCGCAGUAGCGACGCCCCGGCUGCCCUGAUCCGUCGGCGUCGUCGUCAUGUCGGCCGACUUCAAGAAACUGGCCGGCAAGCGGGAACGGGAGCUCCUGCUACUCUUCGACGGUCAAGUCAAAGACAUCCGUCAGCAGCUCGGGGACCAGCUGAAAUGCCUGGACGUGCGGCUGGAGACGCAGGUGGCCCUGGUCGGGGAGAUGCAGGACUACUUCCGCCGCAGGGCGGAGGUCGAACUGGACUACUCCAGGGCCCUGGACAAGAUGGCGCGCACCCUCAUGCUCCGCCACAAGGCAGAGAAGCCCAGGCGCGAGCAGUGGCACCUGUUCUCGUCAUACGGCUGCUGGCAGCAGCUGGUGGCGAGCACUCGUCGCCAGAGUCGGGACCACGCCGCCCUCGGGGAGGUGUACACCACCACCCUGGUGGCCCAGCUUGCCCACCUGCUCGAGGACGUCCAGCGCAUCUACCGCAAGUGCCGUGGCAUUGGGGCUCAACAGCACGAGGAAUUGCUCAAGGUGCUGCAUGAACUGCACACCACGAUGAAGACGUACCACGCCUACCGCGCCCUGGAGCAGCAGGCCAAGGCCAAGCUGGACUACGUGGCCUCCCAGAAGUCCCGGCUGGAGCAGUCCAUUCCCAAGGAGAAGCUGGAGAAGUCCAAGCGCUUCCGGGUGGUGGAGAAGGAGCUCUCCAAGCGUGCCGCCAAGCACCACGAGGUGCGCCUGCAGUGCCUGAAGGCCCGCAACGAGUACCUGCUCUGCAUGGAGUCUGCCAACGCGGCCAUCCACAAGUACUUCGUCGAGGACCUCUCGGACCUCAUGGACUGCAUGGACUUUGGCUUCCAUGUGUGCCUGUCGCGGGCGCUGCGCACGUGCGGCAACGCGGAGGAGUGCCUGCAGCGGUCCCUUCAGCAGGAGUGCGCCGCCCUGCAGCAGCGGGCGGCGGACCUGGACUCCCGGGCAGACAAGCAGCGCUUCCUCGAGGGGAACAACGCCGCCUUCAUGGUGCCCCGCAAGUUCAGCUUCCAGCCGCACCGGGGGGACGAGGAGCCGCAGCGGGUGAGUGUGGAGCACCCCAUCGAAGAGGAGUUGGACCAGAGGCUGCGGAUGCUCAACAAGCGCCUCACGUCUCUCUGCACCGAGAACGACGAGAUCUGGAAGACCCUGGAGACGGCGGAGCGAUCGCUGCUCGACAUGAUAGCGGCCAAGGAGUGCGACUGCAGCGCCCUCUUCGAAGACCGUAAUGGUGUCAAGCAGCCCGAGACCCUCGCCCUCAAGCUCAGGGCCGACAAGCAAGAGACCGAGGACUUCUACCUCGAGAAAUUCCGGGACUACACGUUGGGCUGCAACGUGGUGGCACGCCUCCAGGCCAAGGCGGAGCUCAUGCGUGCCGCACUGGGCAAGGAGAACGAAGCAUCGUGCGGUGCCACGCCCUCGCCGGCGCACACGCCGCAGGCCCCAGGGCGGCCGCCGCCGCCACGCAAGAAGCGCAUCGGGCGGCAGGCGACCAGGGGGCAGCCCAAGCUGUUCGAGGGCAGCCUCGAAGAGUACCUCGAGGCCACCGACCAAGAAGUGCCACUGGUGAUUCGAAGUUGUGUGCGGGUGAUCAACCUAUACGGUCUCCACCACCAGGGCGUGUUCAGGGUGUCCGGUUCUCAGGUGGAGAUCAACCACUUCAGGGACUGCUUCGAGAGAGGAGAGGACCCCCUGUCAGAGGUGUCGGAUGCGAGCGACAUCAACUCGGUGGCCGGGGUGCUGAAGCUGUACCUGCGGGAGCUCAGGGAGCCCCUUUUCCCCAUCUUCUACUUCGAGCAGCUCAUGGAGAUCAGCCAGCUAGAGUCCAAGGCGGAGUUUGUGUCCAAGGUCCGGGAGGUGGUGCGGAGCUUCCCGAGGCCGGUGGUGGUGGUGCUACGCUACCUCUUCGCCUUCCUCAACCACCUGUCCGAGUUCAGCGACGAAAACAUGAUGGACCCGUACAACCUGGCCAUCUGCUUCGGCCCCACCCUGGUGCCCAUCCCAGAGGACAAGGACCAGGUGCAGUACCAGAACCUGGUCAACGAGCUGGUCAAGGGCAUCAUCGUCUACCAGGAGGAGAUCUUCCCGGACGACGGAGGGCUCGUCUACGAGAAGUACAUCAGCGCGGAGGCGCCCGACGACAUCGACGUUGGGGAGUCGCCGCCGGAACAAAUUGUUGAGCAGGCGGGCACUGUGGAGGUCGAUGCAGCGCCCACGGAGGAAGACGCCCUCAUCGGCGAACCGGAAAUUUCGCUGCAGCUCUUCGGAAGGUCGGAGGUGCUGGAGGCGACGGCCCAGUACGACUUUGUGGCCCGGUCCGAGCGGGAGCUGUCCUUCAAGCGAGGCGACCACCUCACCCUGUACGCCCAGGUCUCGCCCGACUGGUGGAGGGGCCACUUUGCGGGCAGGGACGGCCUUGUGCCGGACAAGUACAUUCUGCUGCGCAUACGGGACGAGGACCGCACGAGCAGCGAGGGCAGCGACCGGCGCCGCAGCAGCGACUCCCUUCCGGGGGGCAGCCCCCCCACGGCCCUGCGGGGGGGCCCCGGCCGGACCCCUGGGGCACGCCGGCGCAGCCUCAGCCCCUGCUUCCCUGGCGGGCCCCCUCCCCCCGACCCCCGUAAGCUGCGCCCCUCCACCAGCAUGGGGGACGCGCCGGCCCUGGAGCUCUCGGCAUACGACAUCAGCGUGGAGACGUCCAACCAGGAGCUGGCCCGGGACCUGGACCACGCCCUGGCCAGGGUGCACACCAGCAUCGACAGCAUCGAGCGCAGCCACAAGGCGGACGCGCCGGACCUGGUCCUGGACCUGCCAGUCAGCCCCAACAGCCCAGAGGCGGCGGACAUGACGGCGGCCGAGCGGUUCGCCCUCUCCAACCAGUGCACGCUCAAGAAGGGGGCCACGCGGGCGGCGGAGGGCGACCCAGAACGCGAGCCGUCACCCAAUCCGGCCCGUGAGCCGGUGCGCGAUCCGGUGCGUGGUCCGAAGCCCCCGGUCAAGGCCAAGCCGAUGGUCCAGACACCGGAGCGGCCGCCGUCCUCGGCGGAGCGUCCUCCGCCAGAGAAGGGCUACAAGCAGACGUCCUUCUGAGUCGGGGUCACGCCACGCCAUCUGAAGUACCUCUCCAACCGGCGCGUUUGUCGCAUCCUCGCCCAAAGACUCCGUGGAGGCAGAUGCCCGUACCACUUCAAGUCGCCCCCUGUCCGGCGGCUCGCGGAAGCUUUCACGGCAACGAGUCUGGACGCCGCGACGACGGCGGCAGCGGACACGCGGUUGGAGGUACCUUCUGGGCGCCGUUGUCGAGCUCAGACGGAGUCUGCGAGUUUAUUUUUGUGAGUCUCAGCAACACAUAUCGGCUCCGUUGUCGGAGCACAGAGAGAGCCAAAGACUGCCGGCUCUGCCUCGGGCCUUAAAGCGGUAUUUUUUUACCCGCGGCGCGGCGGACGAGCGUGGAUCGAGCGGCACCGGAGACUUUUUCGCGGGCCGGCGAGAGAAGAGAACGCCGUGGAAAACGGGUGCGGCCGUCGCCGCGGGUGCGAACAAACGGAACCUCUUUUUUUUCUUCACCCACGCACAAAAUGCCUCGGCGUCUUAUUUCGGCCAGUCUUUCUUCUGGCAAGCGCCUUCCGCUCAAAAUAAAGAAAGGAUUUUUCCUCGAG